CGCCGAAGCCCAGCGCUCCGCCUGGCCCGCAUUUCAGCCCGAGACGUACUCACUAGCAGUAAAGCUGAGAAGGCGCGAUGUCGGUGAGUGGGGAGCGGCUGCGGCACCCGCUGGCGGAGCGCCUGAGUGCCGGGUUCGAGCACCGCUACGGGGACGGCUUCGUGGUGACGCGGCCCGGCGGCCUCGUCAUGCCCGCCGAGUUCCUGCUGGACGCGCAGCGCGUCCACGACUUCCCCGUCAGGCAGGACGACGUCUGGCUCGUCACCUUCCCCAAGUCAGGUACGACCUGGACGCAGGAGCUGGUGUGGCUUCUGAUGAACGACCUGGACUUCGAGACCGCUAAGGAGACGUGCAUCACCAAACGGUUCCCGUACCUCGAACACGUGAGCCUGGUGCCCGCGGCGGUCAGGCAGGGGGCGCCCGACUCCAUCAGGCAGGCAGCGGACCAGCCGGCGCCCAGACUCGUCAAGAGCCACCUGCCGCCGGCGCUCCUCCCCAGGCAGCUGUGGACCGUCAAGCCCAAGAUCAUAUACGUCGCCAGAAGUCCGAAAGACGCGGCCACCUCGUUCUACUACCACAACUGCCUCAUCCACGGACUCAAACUCUCGCUGGACGAGUUCCUCGAGUGUUUCCUCGCUGACUGUGUUCAGUUCACUCCCUACUGGACAAGCGUCCUGGAAUUUUGGAAACUGCGAAAUGAGCCGAAUAUCCUGUGGAACACCUAUGAAGAAAUGAAACAGGACCUGGGCGCCGUGAUCCGGAAGACGGCCGCCUUCCUGGACAAGGAGGUGACGGAGGAGCAGGUGCGCCAGCUGGAGCAGCACCUGAGCUUCAGCAGCAUGAGGGACAACCCGGCCACCAACUACGGCGGCGUCGUCGAGGCGUCGCGGCAGCGGCUGCGCCUGCCGCCGGCGCCGGGCGGCCUCAGCUUCAUGCGCGAGGGGCAGGUGGGCGCCUCCAGGAGGCGCAUGUCGCCCGAGAUGGACCGCCGCUUCGACCAGUGGAUCCGCGACCACGUGCGCGGCACCGACUACUCGGGGCCCCUCUGAGGCCCACCUGGGGGAGGAAAGCUGCCGCCACACUGGUCCUCCAGUGGGGCUCUGAGUCCCACCUGGUGGCACGGCACCGCAGCCAGUGGGGGCAAUGCGUGUGAAAUAUCCUCGGUAUUAUUGGUGCAUCGGAUUACGUUAAGAACUCAAUCUUUAGCUAGUAACCUACUCAGUCCCAGUAUGGAACAAACGACAGUCACCACGCUGACAGAUGUGGUGUCGAUGUGUGGAAUGCUGGUGGUCCCCUGAUAGAACGUAAACAACUCGGUCAACUUUCGAAUGUCCAUUAUAAUUGUCCGGGCUGUUAUGCCGUGGUCGGUUGAUGAAUUCUGUGUCAAUUCCCAACUUUCGAAUGUCGAGACACCGCUUGUGUGCACCACCGAGUCUCUGGUCACAGUGGCUUCCACGUGGGGGGCAUUUUCAAAUAAUGACGCCAAUACACGUGCAGUCUCGGUGCAACCGAUCUCAGUGGCAAAAUGUAAAGACUUCGGACGACGAUCAGCAGAAUUCAGAUAAGUUUAGUUUCUUCGGUCGAAUCAGGCGACGUUCACGCAUGGAAAAUAUGGAUUGUGAGAAAUUUAUUUAGUACUUGAAAGAAGGAAUUUGUGGAGUACGAUAAAUAUAAUAACCGGUAUAUAUCCCGGAAUUUAUUGUCUGAAACCAACAGUUUUGACCAAGUUAAAAAUAUAAUAAUAAUUACUGGAAUGUUACCUUUUAUUACAUUAUACAUUUUCUGUGUUUCACAAGGCGUUUCACCCUCAUGUCCACAUUUUAUGCAGCGUGUCAUCUGCAACACAGGCAAACUUGUACCAGUAAUUUUAGGCCUAGUUUAUCACCUCAAAUAAAUUAUGUGGUUAACAAAGGAAGGUGGCAUAUGCCAAUUUUGCCGUUUACAGUUAAUGUACCUGAUUUUUUUCGGCUGUGGUAUGUGGGAAUUAGCUUGUAACUUAACCACUUCUUAGCUUCUCUCUAUCUGAGUGAAUCUUCCUGAAUCCGUCAACCAAAGCUUCCCAAAACUGAUUACCGGACAAACUAAUUCCUAACUUAAACUGUACUGUGCAAACCUCGGACUACACUGAGUCAUACUAAGGACCAAUGUGAUUUGUUCAACACUGUCUACAAACUAAAGCUGGCUGUUUCUAUACAAAUGCAGUGCUACCUUGAAUGUAACCUAAUUUCCGAAAUAAAUGUGCGACUGAAAUUACAAAGAAA